UUGCAGUUUCCAAUACAAGCUCUAGGGUCAAAGUUCAUUAGUUCGCCUCUCAAAAUGGCGGCUGAACCAACACGGGAGUGGAGCGAUGAGCAGCUCAAAAGUGACGAUUUGCCCAAAAAAGACAUUAUAAUGUUCAUUCAGGAUAACGCAGCCCACUCGUUCCUCAGUGAGCAUAAGCUGCUGGGAAACAUCAAAAAUGUUGCCAAAACUGCAAAAAAAGAACAACUGAUUAUAGCCUACAAUCAGCUCUUUGAGAGCAAAAGGUUUAAAGGCACAGAACCAGUUGAAGAAGUGACUGAGCAGGUUAAAACUGUCAAAAUUGAAGAGAAGCCCAAAGAAGUCAAGACAGAAGUUGUGGAAGAGGGUCCGCCCAAGUACACCAAGUCAGUGCUGAAGAAAGGUGACAAGACAAACUUUCCAAAGAAAGGCGACACUGUGAGCUGCUGGUACACUGGUUCUUUGGAGGAUGGAACUGUCUUCGACACCAAUAUUCCCACAGCGGCAAGGAAGAAGAAGCAAGCUAAGCCACUGAGCUUCAAAGUUGGCCUGGGCAAAGUCAUCAGAGGAUGGGACGAGGCUCUUCUAACAAUGAGUAAGGGUGAAACAGCUCGAUUGGAGAUUGAACCAGAGUGGGCCUACGGAAAGAAAGGUCUUCCCGAGUCCAAAAUUCCACCUAAUGCAAAACUGAUUUUUGAGGUUGAGCUGGUGUCUGUGGAUUAACUGACCAACACUGGCCUGCAUGCACUAUGUCUCAAGGAUGGAAGAGAAAAAGGCUCAAUUAUUUGUGAAGAUUCAAGUUAAAAUGGCAUUUUGGACUGUGAUGUUCUGUUUCUAUUUUGGCUCAUUUAUUAUCACAUUAAAACAAACAACCAGUUAUUUUAACGGUUUAUGUUUUUGCCCACAUGUGGUGGCUUGUCAAUAUUGUAUAUAUGAGACAUCCUGAAACCUUAUUCUUGGUAUUGUUUUCUUUUGCAUGUACAAUAUAAAUGAUGAACCUGUUUCAGAGACUAAAUAGUCAAGAAUAAAAACUUCCUGGUUCUCAUGUCA